AUGAAUUCCUGUGAGAAUCUCGAAAAUCUACCGCGCGUGGAGUCUCCAGAAUCCGUUGGGUCAGAAUCACAUGUACAGGAAAUUUCUGCUGGUCCUAUAUUCGAAGAACCGCACCACAGCAGAGAAGUUAUUGAACCUUCAAAAGAGAAGGGUGAUGUUGAUGAUCGCUUAGCUGUUGUUCCAGUACCUUGCGCCAGUUCUGCUACUUUCAAGGUUCCACUUCAGGGCCCUUCAAGAGGAAGUUAUGACGAUGCCGUGGAGCUUACUAAAUGGUCUAUCCGUUUUGCUCCCAUUGGAUGUGAUGGUCCAAAACUGAAUUUCCCUAAAUUUAUUCUUCUUGGUUAUAAGAGAAAUCAUAGCACACAAUGGCGUUCGUCAAUUGUCAUAAGAGUUGAAAGCGCUGAGAUUUUACACACAUCUUCAACAAAGUAUCGCCUUGUGGGGAAUAUGAAUAUCAUUGAUUCAGCCUACGCA